GCCAGGGAGCGCGCCCGGCCGGGGCGAAGCCCCAGAUGUGACUCCUGCCCCGGGCUGUGCUUCCCGUCAUGGCUGACACCAUCUUCAGCAGUGGAAAUGACCAGUGGGUUUGCCCCAACGAUCGGCAGCUUGCUCUGAGAGCCAAGCUGCAGACGGGCUGGUCUGUGCACACGUACCAGACGGAGAAGCAGAGGAGGAACCAGUGCCUGAGCCCCGGAGAGCUGGAGGUUAUCCUUCAGGUCAUCCAGAGAGCAGAGAGGCUGGACAUCCAGGAGCAGCAGAGGAUUGGGCGGCUGGUGGAGCGGCUGGAGACGAUGCAGAGGAAUGCAAUGGGCAACGGUCUCUCCCAGUGUCUACUCUGCGGGGAGGUCCUGGGAUUCCUGGGCAGCUCCUCCGUUUUCUGUAAAGACUGCAGGAAGAAAGUCUGCACCAAGUGUGGGAUCGAGGCUUCCCCCGGCCAGAAGCGGCCCCUGUGGCUAUGUAAGAUCUGCAGCGAGCAGAGAGAGGUCUGGAAGAGGUCAGGGGCCUGGUUCUACAAGGGGCUCCCCAAGUAUAUCUUGCCCCUGAAAACCCCUGGGCGGUCUGAUGAUCCCUACUUCCGACCUCUGCCUGUGGAGCCCACAGAACCACAGCCUCAGAGUGCUGAAGUCAGCCGGGUCUACACAUGGGCCCGAGGGAGAGUGGUUUCCAAUGACAGUGACAGUGACUCAGAUCUCAGCUCCUCCAGCCUGGAGGACAGACCCAUGCCCUCUGGGGUCAAGGGCACAAAAGGUGACAAGCCUAGAGGGGACUCAGGUGGCGGUAUGGAGUCACCCAGGAUGGGGCCUGCCCGCCCACCCAGCCAUCUUUCAGGCAGCCAGAGCAGCCUGGGCAGUGAGGCUGGGACAGGUGCUACAGAGCCACAGGGAGGCAUCCCACCCCGGCCUGAGUCCAGGGUACCUGGCAAAAGGCAUACAUGGGCAACUCCCCGCUACUGAAGUGGCUGAGACAGACUCUCCAGCGGAAGAUUCAGAGAGGGAUGUCGGGGCCAGCCUAUUGGAACCCCUCUCUGAAGGGUUCUUGAGGCCUCACAAGCUCCCUGAUACCUUGACCUGCAACUCAACAAGCCAGUGUUUGGGGACCCAGCAUGCCCCCACCCUAUAGUGCCUUACUGACUAUCUCAUUCAGCACCCCACCUUUAUUUAUUGCCUCUCCCCCAUCCCAGUCACUUCUCAGGUCUUGGGUUGGGCUGGGGAGGCCUUCCUAUAUGCACUGAAGUUUGGGUGGGACAACACAGGGUUUUCUUUGUACUAAUGAUGAGAAAUCUAACCCUCAGUGUGACCCUGCAGAGCUGAGCAACCAACCCCUACCCCACCCCACCCCCCAGUGUAAGCCUGGAGCACCCGCCCCUUUCCCUCUCCCUUCAACUGAUGGAGGCCAGAGCACGGUCCUGUUUGCCCCGAAGCUAGUCCAGGAGCUGAGUUAAAUCCAGCUUUGAGUUUCCCUGAAGCCCCUACUGGCCUCUGGGCUUUUGUUCCACCCAGAAACACAGCUCCUCCUAAGACAUUAAAACACUUUUUGUUCCUCUGUGGAAAACAACACUCCCACCCUGCCUCAUGCUCGCUGGCCCAGCCUGGGAGUUUCAAAUUCUAAAACCAGAGAAAGCAUGAAAAAUACUCAAAAUACAAAUGCUUCUGGAAAACCCCUCCCUGGAGCGGGAAUGGGAAGGUGUCCUAGGCCAUUCCUUCCCUGAGUCCAGUUCCAUCCCUCCCACCACCGUUCCUUCAUCCUUGGAGGGCUUUCUCUCCAAGGCCACCACCACCGGUAGCCUUUUGCCUAUUGCUGCUGGCAGGAGACAAACUUACCAUUUCCCUGUGACAUGUAACACGUCAUCACUAACAUAAUGAGCAUUCCCUGUGACAUGUAACAGGUCAGCACUAACAUAAUAAACAUGAGAAUUUUCACCGA